UAUCUUUCUUGUGAUGCGCAUGCGUUGGUCCCUGUUUCCCGCGAACGGGAUUGGGCCUGAAAUGAGCUGAAAUUGUCCGAGAAAUAAGGAAUUUUUGCAGGAACGGUACGAUAUAAAUCAGCUACAUUUAUUUCAUUUAUGUUAGUACCAAAAACAAAACCAUGGGGUACCUGAAGCUGCUUCUUUUGGAGAAUUUCAAGUCCUACAGCGGCAAACAAACGAUCGGACCUUUCAAGCCGUUCACUGCCAUCAUUGGACCCAAUGGAGCAGGUAAAUCCAACUUGAUGGAUGCCAUCAGUUUUGUCCUUGGUGAGAGAACGUCUAAUUUGCGAGUGAAGCGACUUUCAGAUCUCAUCCAUGGUGCCCCCAUUGGUAAACCAGCCUCCAAUCGAGCCACCGUGACGGCUGUCUAUGAAGAAGAGGAUGGUAGAGAGACUAACUAUACCAGAAUCAUCAUGGGAGCUGCUUCUGAACAUCGUAUUAACAACAAAGUGGUCUCUGCUGCCGACUACACCGAGCAGUUGGAGAAGAUUGGUAUCCUCAUCAAAGCCAGAAACUUCCUCGUCUUCCAGGGUGCUGUGGAAUCCAUUGCCAUGAAGAAUCCGAAGGAGCGCACAGCUCUCUUUGAGGAGAUCAGCCGGUCUGGUGAACUGAAGAAUGAGUAUGACAAGCGAAAGGCUGAGAUGCUGAAAGCGGAAGAGGACACGCAGUUCAACUAUCACAAGAAGAAAGGUAUCGCUGCCGAGCGUAAGGAAGCCAAGCUGGAGAAAGAAGAGAUGGAACGCUACCAGAAACUUAAAGAAGAUUUGCUGGACAAGCAACUGGAGUUCCAACUGUUCAAGCUUUACCACAACCAGAACGACAUCAAGCGCUUUGGCGAGGAACUGAAGGGUCGGAAUGAUGAGCUCCGGCGAGCCACGGACAGGAGGGACAAAGUGGAGGACAGGAUCCGAGACAAGAAGAAAGAGUUGGGGCAGCUGACCCGGGAACUAGCUGCAAUAGAGAAAGACACACGCGAAAAGGAAGUUGAGCUGAAUAAGAAGAAGCCUCUCUUCAUCAAAGCCAAGGAGAAGACCUCCCACAUGAUCAAGAAACUCGAAACAGCCAAGAAGUCCUUGAAGAGUGCCAAGAAGGCCAAUGAGAGCCACAUGGGAGAGAUCAAGGAGUUGGAGGCGGAGUUGGAGGCGGUGGAAGCCAAACGUCUGGAGUAUGAGGAGAGGAUUGAGGAGGAGAGUCAGAGCCAGGGACGUGACUUGGAGCUAGAGGAGGAACAGGUGAACGAGUAUCAUCGUUUGAAGAAGGAAGCAGGAAUCCGAGCGUCUCAGCUGCACCAGGAGUUGGACAAGCUGAACCGAGACCAGAAGUCAGAUCAGGACCGCCUGGAGAAUGAGAAACACCGCAAGAGUGAACUACAGGCCAAGAUCAGACAGAAGGAACAUGAAAGGGAGGAGAACCAGAAGAGGUUGGAGAAGCUGAAUGAAUACAUCAGAACCAGCGAGCAGGCCAUCAAGGAGCAGCAGCGGCUGCGAGACUCACUGGAAUCUGACGUGGAGGGUGCCAAUGACCGCAUCAACAGCAUCAACCUGGAGCUGACCAAUAUCGUGGACCAGCUGGGCGAGGCCAAGGUGGACAAACAUGAGAACGCCCGUAGUCACAAGAAGGCGGAGCUGAUUGACAACUUGAAGAGGCUCUUCAGUGGGGUGUAUGGCCGCCUGAUUGACCUAUGUGAGCCCACCAACAAGAAGUACCAGAUUGCCAUCACCAAGGUCCUAGGCAAGAACAUGGAUGCCAUCAUCGUGGACUCCCAAAAGACUGCCCGUGACUGCAUCCAGUACAUGAAGGAACAACGCUCUGACCCUGAGACCUUCUUGCCACUGGAUUUCAUUGAAGUCAGGCCCACCAAUGACAGAUUGAGGGAAAUCCGAGACCCCCGAGGUGUGAAGCUCGUGAUUGAUGUUCUCCGCUAUGAUCCUCCCAACAUCAAGAAAGCCUUGCAGUAUGCCUGCGGUAAUGCGCUGGUCUGCGAGACUGUGGAAGAUGCCAGGAAGAUAGCAUUUGGUGGAGCCGAGCGCCACAAGGCAGUGGCUCUGGACGGAACUAUGUUCCAGAAGUCUGGCGUUAUCUCUGGGGGUGCCAGUGACUUGAAAGCCAAGGCUCGCCGCUGGGAUGAAAAGUCACUGAACAACCUCAAGACCCGUAAGACGGAGCUGACAGAGGAGCUGAAGGAACAGCAGAAGAUGAAACGCAAAGAGUCUGAGCUGAACAACAUCCGUUCCCAGAUGAAUGGCCUGGAGACCAGACUAAAGUACUCCAUCAACGACAGAGACAACACGCAAAAGAAGAUUGUAGCAACCAACAACAAGGCCAUUCAGAAACUGCAGCAGGAGCUGGAAGGAUAUGAGCCUCGAAUGGAGGCCAUUGAGGAGCAGAUUACGCAGCGGGCGGAGCUGAUCAUGGCCAAGCGUACCCAGAUGAAUCGCGUGGAGGAUGAAGUCUUUGCGGAUUUCUGCCGCUCCAUCGGCGUGGAGAACAUUCGCCAGUACGAGGAGAAGGAACUGCGGGCCCAGCAGGAGCGGGCCAAGAAACGGCUGGAGUUUGAGAACCAGAAAUCCCGGCUGGUCAACCAGCUGGAGUAUGAGAGGUCCAGAGACACAGAAGCAAAUGUCAAGAAGUGGGCCAAAGAAGUUGCUCAAGAUGAGAAGGAACUUGAGAAACUCAAGAAAGACGAGGCUAGACACAUGAAGGUGAUUGAUGAGGAGUCGGAGGCCAUGCAGAAGCUAAAGUUCUCCAAGACGACCAAGAAAUCGGAGAUCGAUGACAAGAAUGCUGAGGUGGAGGAGAUACGUAAACAGCUGUCUUCUGCCAACAAAGAAAUAGCAGCAAUCCAGAAACAGAUCACAGCUGUUGAGACCAAACUGGAACAGAAGCGAGCUGAUAGGCACAGCCUGCUCAAGACAUGCAAGAUGGAGGACAUCAAGUUACCUAUGAAACGGGGAACCAUGGAUGACAUCACAGAAGAAGGAGAGUCAUCCAGCCAGCAGGAGAGUUCAGUUGGUGAGGAAAGCACUAGCAUUACUGGUAUGGAUAGCAUGAGUAGCCAGGGGGCUCGCAUCAUCUACAAGAAAGAAGCAAAUAUUAUCAUCAACUACAAGCGGCUUAGUCAUGAACUGAAAGAGUGUGACACACCAGAAGAGAUCAGGGAACAAGGGGAUAAGCUAUCUGCCAACCUGGCCAGCAUGCAGGUGACCCUCCAGAGGAUAGCUGCGCCUAACAUGAAAGCCAUGGAGAAGCUUGAUGGGGUCAAGGAACGCUUCCAGGAGACCACCGACAGCUUUGAGGCAGCUCGCCGACGGGCCAAGAAAGCCAAGCAGAACUUUGAAGUGAUCCGCAAGGAGCGAUUUGACCGCUUCAACUCCUGCUUUGAGCAUGUGUCCACGAGGAUUGAUGAAAUCUACAAGGCUCUCUCCAGAAACCAGAGUGCACAGGCGUUCCUUGGCCCAGAGAAUCCCGAAGAGCCAUACUUGGAUGGCAUCAACUACAACUGUGUGGCCCCGGGGAAGCGAUUCAGGCCCAUGGACAACCUGUCUGGAGGGGAGAAGACAGUAGCAGCCUUGGCUCUGCUCUUUGCUCUCAAUAGCUUUCAGCCAGCUCCGUUCUUUGUCCUGGAUGAGAUUGACGCCGCUCUAGAUAACACCAACAUCGGCAAAGUGGCUGAGUAUAUACGGGAACAGUCGGAAGGCCACUUCCAGUGCAUUGUCAUCUCACUCAAAGAGGAGUUCUAUAAUCACGCAGAUGCUCUGAUUGGCAUAUACCCUGAGCAAGGAGAAUGCACCAUCAGUAAGGUGUUGACCCUUGACCUGACUGAAUAUGCCCAGGCCACCAGUGAAUCCAGUCCCAAAGCAGUGCGCUAACUACGCCUGCAGGGCAGACUAAAGCUUGUCAACUGGGGAUUCUGGCAUUGGAAGGAGAGAGGAUACACCACCACGUGGGUAGCAGUUCCAAGCAGAUGUGAUCCAAAUAAGUGUAGUCAGGAGCUACAUGUCUGUAAUUACAACUGAUUACUCUCAAGCCAUAGUGUAUACUUGUGCUUUGUACAUAAUAGGCAUUUUGUGUUUCCUUUGUCAUGUAAGGCUGUACAACUGACUAUUUGUCAUGGAGUAAGGUUUAUGUCCUUCCUCCAUGCUGUUUAUGUUGUAGUUGAGAUUUAUGUGAAUCAUCUUUUUUUAAGGGGGAUUAUUGAAAGACAGGUUGUUGUAUUAAGGUGGAAUGGUUUUCAAAUUCAAUUUCUCUUCAGUCCUUUUCCAUUUCUGCUCAUCAGAGUGUAAUAUCGUACAGUUUUGAUUAGCUCCAACUGUAUUCAUUAUAGUUUACCUACAGUGGGUCUUGAUAUGAUGCUGACUUCUUCCUUUUUGCAUGUGCAGAGUUCAUCAGCUACAUUAAGUUUAAGGGAAUAGUUGAUUAUUUUUGUCUAUGUUUGUAUAUAAAAUUCCCCUCUCAUGUCUAUUUGAUUUUAAGUCUCAUGUCUUAUUUCUAUAGUGAGUGAAACGACUGGUCACUAUGAAUUCCAUUUUAGUAAUGUUUGGGGGAAGAAAGUGAAAUCGUGAUCGAGGUCACAUUGUAAUUUGGUCUAAACAACAUCUUUAAAUCAACUUAUUGGCCAUAACUGAGAUACCGAUUUCGCUGACUUCAGGAUAAUUAUUGUAUCCCAGAAAUAUAACAGUGCUCUGUGAAAUAACAAAUAACCUGGAUGGAGAAAAAGGAAAAAUUGUUGGAAAUGAAGAUGGGUUCGUCAUUUUGUUUGGUAUUUUUGUUUCCAUAGAAAGGCCCCCAAGAAGUUGGUGUUAUUUUUAUCUAUGUCCAAUCCCAUAUCAUACCAUAAAUUGAGCUGAGAGAAGUGAGAGAGCUAUUACAAUAUAGAGUUUACUAAGAAGUAGUUGUCAGCUUGGUCACAUUUUCUGACAGAUGAGUCAUUUUGGUGCAACCACAAAUUGGAAAAGGAGCAGUGACCUGCAGUCCAAUCCUUGGUUAACACAUAUCCAGACAUAAGAUUAUUUGUCUGGUGUUCAAAUCUAUGGUUGUCAGAGGUGAUGUGGUUGGCUUCACCUCAGAGACAUGGGAAGAGGGAAACCAACCCAACCCACCAGUCUCCGUCCCAAAUGUAAACAACCUUUUUUCCCCCUUGAAAGCAGGGACCUGUAAAUCUUCAAACCACAGAACUGAGUUUAUUUCAUUCAGUUUCUGAUGUACAUUCAUCAGUUAUCUAUGUGGUUUAAGGGUUUUCUAACCAGGAACAUGGUAAUACAAAAUUAUCACCUCCUACUUGCUACAAAAACUGAGUUCAUACAAAAAGAAAAACAACAGAGCCAUUGACCCUCUUCAACCCAUUGGUUUAGGAAACACAUGCUACGCAAAAUGAUGAAUGCAUUUUAUGACGUGCUUCUGAUGAGUGGCAAAAAUUAUUUUUCCGAGAACCGGCGUGCCAUAGUUUAUGCAGUUGUGUCAUAGCUUUCAUCAUUACUUUGACAUCUUCAGACAGGGAAUAACCUCUGAGUAUGCUAUGCCUGGGGCAAGAGCACAUACAGCAAGGGGGGAUUGGGAAUGCCCAGAUGAAUUUGUCUCAAAAACACUUGAAUAGCUGCACAUGGGGCUUCCCAGCAUGGUGCGAGGCCCAGUGAAAACAAAUUGCCGCAGUCAGAAGUCACAGACAGAUUGCCGCAAGUACAAGUGCACCAACUAUCCCCAGUCCUGCCGAUUGUCUCUGGCCUUUUAUGGGAAUAGUGUUGCUGCAGUUCCACGUUUACAUGUUUAACGAGGAUGUCAGUUUGCAGGAAAAAUGUAAGAUUUUACAGACAGUCCUUGUCUACUAAGCGACAAAGCAACAUUAUCAAAUACACGUGUAACUGAAAAAAAAACAGAAGUGUCUCAUGGUUGUGGAGCACAUUUAUUACGAUGCUAAAACAUUUAUACAACUCUUGAGUAAAAAGCUGUCAUCUGAUUGGUGAGUCAUUGAUCAUGUGUCAAUUGAAUUAUUCAUUUUGUCAUUUGGUUAUCAUUCAACAGCUUUUUGCACAUGGUUGGUGUUAGAUUGUAAGCAAUGGCCCCAUAAAAAGGGAGUUUUACUCCUGAGAAGUACAUUGUAUGUAGAGAAAAAUCUGUACAAUUUAUGACAAGUGCCCAAAAUUUAGGCCUGACAUACAGGUAUAUGGAGUUCAGGACAGUUGGUUUCCAUUGGCCAAGUUUUCUGGUUUCAUGCCAGAUUGCCCUAAAGUUUCUUCAUUGAAUUGUUGAGGAUACAUUUUUUUAAUCGUGGCCUCUUGUUAAAAUGAAAAAAAAAACAACAGUGGUUCUGUUUGAGUCAAAUCAGACUUUCAAGUGCUAGUGCAAAUUCUGCUUUCAUCGAUGUUAAUGCAGAUUAUUUGUGGCACUGAGCCCAACAAUUUGUUACAUCAUGGCUGCUACGGUAAUAGAAGUUCACUUUGUUGUCAAAAAUUGAGCUUUAAUUAGAUUGAUGACGUAGCUUGGCAUCACACCAAAUCAAAAUAGUAAUAUGUCUCGCUGUGUGGAAUGCUGCAAAGUUCGGUGAAUAGACAAGCUCUGCAGUCAUGAAUGGGUACUUUACUUCUGAUGGUUUCAAGAAGUGUUAGUUACCAUCCAUCAUUGUUUUCCAGUUGAACAAAUAAUGUUUCAGCACCGAUCAAGCUGAGUUAACGUCCGCGUGUAUAAGCACACAUCGAUCUUCAGUCCUGGGUUCUAUCUUGUAAGUAAAGCCACAAGACGCAUCUUCAGGCCUGUUGGGUUGGAUGAACACUGAUCACUGCCAUCUGAGAUGUUGCAUCAUUGUGUGUGGUCAUUAGCCUGGGUUAUUUGUACUAUACACUGUUCUCCAACUCAUUUCAUCGGAAUCAACCCAGCCUGGCCAUUGUUCAAGAUGUAGAUGGGAUGGAUACAGAGUUGUGUAUGUGAGCAAUUCCCUGGUCACAGCUUACCUUACAACUGUUAUUUGGGUGUCAAAAAUACUUCUUGAACCUAGAACAAGCUCUACUGGAAGGGUAAUAACAAAAAUAUUAAUCCAUCAUUAAUUAGUGCCGAUAUUGUUUCAGAAUUUGAUUAGCUGUGAUCUGGAACUUGUAUAUCAAUAUCUUAAAUUUCAAGGAGUUCAAGAAACCCACUCAGUUCUUACACAGAGACCAUUUCAUUACACUUUUUUAUAAAGUGUGUCAUAUUUACCAGUAUUUAUGAAGGAAUUCAUGAAAUUUUGAUUUUAUCCAAUUUUUAACAUCUGUUAAAUUGGAAGUGCCGUAAUACAAGUUGGUCCGAGUUUAUUAAAUUGCAAUGAUGUUUCAUCUUUCGUUGGUUUCAAUGUUGGCAAAACCAGUGUUUUAGCCAGAUGAAUGAGAAAUGACUCAUGGAAAUACGUUUGGACAAUACUUACAUGUACACGUUGUGCACGUACAGUUUGUUCUGUAAGAUUUCCUGAGAAAUAUCCACCAAGAUAUGAGCUAAAUGGAGAAUAGCUUGACAUAGUUUCUCAUUUAUGUGGCAUUGUGAUAAUUGCAUGCAUUAAACUUUUAUUAUAAAAGGAUUCUGGGGAGUAUCAAUGCCUUUUUUGUCAAACAUGUUGAGUAAAGAAGCCAUCCAAGUUGAUGUUUAUUGUUUAAGACAAUUCUCUUGUUAAUGUUCACAAAUAAAUCUGUAGACCAUACAAAUCUAUUGUGCCGUGUA